UAAUAUAUCUCCAGGAACUGAGGAUUUGGGCAUGCUCUCUUGGUUGUCACGAAUGUGCAUUGUGCGAUGCACUUAACCACGGCCGAUGUUGUCGACACGAGCCAGAUCGAUCACUGGAGACCCUUGGCAGUCGCUUGGACACCCACACGAGGGGCAAGGCGAGCGGCCGUUGAGAAACAUCGAGGGGCGCUCUUUAGAAGUGAAAUAAAUAAUUUAACGACGGUAGUUACACACACGCACAACAAAAAAAGACAGCGGAUAAAUAACGCAGGUGCCUUGACACGAAGGGCCAGGAUGGAGCGAAUGGACUCUCACGCCACGAGCCAGACUCUUCCCCAAAAGACCCCAGUCCCCGCACUCCCGGCGUACGCAGCCUCCACGAUGAUCCACGUGGAGAGGCCAAUCUACCGCGAACAUGUCCUCAAAAAGAGCUUCGGUGGAGGCCGGGACAGCAGCGGUGCGCAGCUGCUGGGCCGCCUAGCCGGCUUGUUCGCCUGCUCCUGGAGAGGCGCCCUGGGACUCCUGUGCAGGAGGAUGCCCAUACUCGACUGGCUGCCCAAGUACAAAGUCAAGCAGUGGCUCCUGGGGGACAUCAUCUCCGGCCUCACUGUCGGUAUUGUUCACAUACCGCAGGGCAUGGCCUUCGCCCUGCUCACAUCCGUUGCCCCCAUAUAUGGCCUCUACUGCUCCUUCUUUCCCGUCCUCUGCUACCUCUUCCUGGGUACAGGCCGACACAUCUCCACGGGUACAUUUGCCAUUGUUUCGCUGAUGACGGGUGGCGUGGUUGAGCGGUUUGCCUCUAAUGUCACGGCAAUCGACCCCCAAGAGCUGGAGUCGCAGAAGAUCUCCAUAGCAACCACACUUGCCGUGCUCUCUGGAGCAAUACAGCUGAUCAUGUUCAGCCUGCAGCUGGGUUUCGUGGCCAUCUACCUGUCGGAUCCACUGGUGAGCGCCUUCACCAACGCGGCCGCCAUCCACGUCCUCGUGUCCCAAAUCAAGAACAUGCUGGGCCUGCAGGUGCCACGCUUCUCUGGGCCCGCUUCAAUUUUCAUGACAAUGGUUGAUAUUUUUCAGAAGCUACCGAACACAAAUAUAGCAGAGCUGGUGACGUCGCUGGUGUGUUUGACUGUGCUCAUUCCAGUGAGAGAGAUAAACCAGCGGUACAAGAGUAAGCUCAAAGCUCCAAUUCCUGUGGAACUGCUCCUGAUUAUUCUGGCUACCGUCAUCUCCUUCUACGCCCGGCUGGAAGAAAAGUUUGGAGUUACAGUGGUUGGGAAUAUACCUGCCGGGCUGCCAGUGCCGCAGCUGCCAACUGUGACCAACUUCUCCUCGCUCAUCGCCGACGGACUGGCGAUAGCGAUCGUCGGCUACGCCGUCUCUGUGUCGUUGGCAAAGAUCUUUGCAAAGAAGCAUGGUUAUACCGUCGACGCCAAUCAGGAACUAUUUGCGCACGGAGUUUGCAACCUCUUUGGCUCAUUCUUCCAGUGCUUCCCAAGUGCUGCUUCUAUUUCCAGGACCUCCAUUCAGGAAGGGACAGGAGGGAACACGCAGCUCGCCUCUGGCAUAUCCACCAUGGUGGUGUUGGUUGUCCUCCUGGCUGUGGGACCUCUAUUUAGAGCUCUACAGAGGUCCGUUUUAGCGUGCAUCAUUGUAGUGGGCCUAAAGAGAAUGCUCAUGCAUUUCACUGACCUGAAGCAACUGUGGAAAAUCAGCAAGGUGGAUUUUUACAUCUGGCUCGUCACCUGGCUCGCUGUCCUGCUGCUGAACGUGGACCUGGGCCUGGGUGUCGCCGUGGCAUUUUCCUUGAUGACGAUCGUCUACCGCACUCAGAGGCCAGAUUGUAAACUGCUCGGCAGAAUACCAAACACUGAACUCUACAGACCACUGGAUGAGUUUGCAAAGAGAGAAGGCCCUCUCGCAGUCGACAGACCCGUGCGCCAAAGUCGCAGCGAUCUUGAUGAGCGUGAGGAUCUUGGGGUGGGACUUUUGCAUGUGCGAGUUGCUGCACACGACCUUGAGGAUCUCCGUCGCGCCGACGCCGCGGAAGCUGCCGAUGGCAAAGUACUUGUAGUGGUUGUACUCCGUCACGAGCUCGGAGGAGGAGGCGUCCGGCAGUGCGAAGAGAUUGCAGGGGUGAAGGUGAUCGUCUACAGUUCCUCUCUGUACUACGGAAACCACGACCACUUCAAGACGCAGGUUUUCUCGCUCGUGGGGUUGGACCCAGGCCUGGAGAAGGCGGCGCGAGAAAAGGCCAAGAAGAGGGCCAACGUCAUGGGCAGUGGCCGUCAGGUGGGCUCAGCGCCCUCUGCCCAGAACUGCUCGCCAAGAGAUGGAGACUCACCUUUUGCGAUGAAUAAUCCCUCAUUUACUGCAGAGGGCACAAGCCCCCAAGGUCAGGUCGGUGGUGCGCUCUCUGCGUGUGGCUCGCCACCUGUGGCACAGGCGGAGAGUGGCCCACCACUCCAGGCCAUUGUACUGGACUGCAGUGGAUUCAAUUUCAUGGACUCGGUGGGGGCCUUAUCUCUAAUACAGGUCUGUGAAGAUUUCAGAGAUAUUGGAACACGCGUCCUUUUGGCACGGUGCUCAGAGGAGAUUCAAGGGACGUUGGAGAAGAGCGGCUUCUACAAGAAAUUCAGCGAAGAUGUUAUUUUUGCAACCCUCCACGAUGCUGUUGCUUCCAUCACACCAACAACCACGCAGCGUGCAGCACUGGUGUCCUGGCAUCAUGAAGAUGUGACGGUUUUCUAAAUGGCCUGUCCAUGAAACUGCAGCCAGUGCGACUAGGAUUUCAGGUAUUGGAGUUGUGUUCGGAGCAAGUGAUUUGACAUAAAAUACAUGAACUGUUGAUACGAGCUAGAGGUUGAUAUGUACAUCCAGUAUAACUGUACGGUGGCUGGGGUUCCGCAGAAAUUGUAGGGCUCAGUUAUUGGACACGUUUUACAGUCAAAGAACCGUCAACACCCUUAAAAUUCCCCUAAAGAUGUGUCUGUAAACAAACUCUUUGACAUCUUAAUUCGACAGAUAUUAGUGGUGUAUGCAACAAUGCAUGGCUCCAGUACAAGCUGGGCUCAACGUAUUAACGUUAACGUUGAGCCCAGCUGAGCCACUGUUCUUGUUGAUGGUGGUGUGGUUGUAAUUAUGGGGCCAGAUGUUAAAUGAGAAUAAAACUGGUCCAUGACCCAUUGUCAUUCAGGGUUUAGCAGUUUAUGCAGAAAAUCAUAAUGGUGCAAAUAUAAUUAAAUAACAUUCAAAUAAGAUACACCUGUGGGGAAAAUACCAGUGUUUGAAGUAUGAACUCGCCAGCAUGAAAUAUAAUAUUCGGCUUGCCUGCUUUUUGCCAAGAUAUUCAUCUUGAUAAAAUCCUGUUUAUGAAAUGUUGCAUUUAUGCAUUUCCUUCCUCAGUGCUUAAUAUGUUGCGUUCUGGUAUUACACCAGCACAUAUAUUAUUUAAAAGUUAUGACAGAUAAUUCAUAAAAGUACAAUAUUGGAUUUUCUACACAAUUGUCUUAUGUUUCGAUUUAAAGCUUUCGUGACUGCAGGGAUUCAUCUUCUUGGUUCUUUCGGUAAAGUCACGUAGAAGGGAAAUAAUAAAAUAAUAAAAAUAAAACAUAAUAAAAUAAUUCUCACGACGUUUCGGCCACAACGCAAGCAGCCGUCCUCAGGUGAAGAACAGGUCUGUCGGAAAGACAGCGUCUGAAUUCAGACGCUGUGGCUGAAACGUCGUGACUUUGCCGAAAUAACCAAGAAGAUGAAUUGUCAUAUGUUCACCUGAAUUGUAUUUUGGUCAUCGCAUAUGAAUUGAAAAUGUUAGCUUUUGAACAGUCAAAUAUUUUCCCAAUGUUCUCUGAUAUGUAAUUAAUUAUACGUGCUUGUAAGUUUUUUAAACAUUCAUAAGCAUUUAAAUCUAAAAUUUAAAUAUGAAUGCGCUCUGUUAUUCUAAUAAUAAAAACAUCCAAUUAUGGUAUUAAACUGCAUUCAUAAUUAUAUGCUCAAAAAAUAUGCUGUGUUGUAUUCAAAACACAUUGAUGGUGGUUUAAUAUUGUAGGUACUUAUUUUUUAAUGUAAUUUUUCUUCUCAAAAAUCAAACCCAAUUGUUAUUAAAAUUACUGUAGUACUAUU